AUGCGGCGCCGCGUUUCCUCGUGCGCCUCGUCCCCCACCACGCGCUCCAGCCCGUCGCCCAGCGACUCUACGCACACACAUCUCAUCAACAAUACACAACGAGGCGGCGCCGCGUCUCCUCGUGCGCCUCGUCCCCCACCACGCGCUCCAGCCAGUCGCCCAACGACUCUACGCACACACAUCUCAUCAACAAUACACAACGAGGCGGCGCCGCGUCUCCUCGUGCGCCUCGUCCCCCACCACGCGCUCCAGCCCAUCGCCCAGCGACUCUACGCACACACAUCUCAUCAACAAUACACAACGAGGCGGCGCCGCGUCUCCUCGUGCGCCUCGUCCCCCACCACACGCUCCAGCCCGUCGCCCAGCGACUCUAUGCACACACAUCUCAUCAACAAUACACAACGAGGCGGCGCCGCGUCUCCUCGUGAGCCUCGUCCCCCACCACGCGCUCCAGCCCGUCGCCCAGCGACUCUACGCACGCACAUCUCAUCAACAAUACACAACGAGGCGGCGCCGCGUCUCCUCGUGCGCCUCGUCCCCCACCACGCGCUCCAGCCAGUCGCCCAACGACUCUACGCACACACAUCUCAUCAACAAUACACAACGAGGCGGCGUCGCGUCUCCUCGUGCGCCUCGUCCCCCACCACGCGCUCCAGCCCAUCGCCCAGCGACUCUACGCACACACAUCUCAUCAACAAUACACAACGAGGCGGCGCCGCGUCUCCUCGUGCGCCUCGUCCCCCACCACACGCUCCAGCCCAUCGCCCAGCGACUCUACGCACACACAUCUCAUCAACAAUACACAACGAGGCGGCGCCGCGUCUCCUCGUGAGGCUCGUCCCCCACCACACGCUCCAGCCCGUCGCCCAGCGACUCUACGCACACACAUCUCAUCAACAAUACACAACGAGGCGGCGCCGCGUCUCCUCGUGA